UCCUGUUUUCACCACACAUGCGCCGGAUCUAGUGAUUGCAAUGCUCUCAUCUUAACGGAUACAACGCAACUGACUCGACCACGACGGACCAAAGGUUAUUUAAAUGAAAGAAAUGUAUUACUUUGCCAGCCUGCGUCAGCCACUUGGCUAUCUAUAUCGACAUGUCGCGCACAGCAGACUGCUCUCGCCAUGUGCCUAUCAUGGAUUUCACUUGGGAGGAUUGAAUCUCCGAACCGAAUAAACGACGAACAAGAUGAGCGAACAACCGCUGAAUCUUCAUUGAUUUCAAGUUCACUUCAAUUCAUCACACCCACCUCCAAGAUUCGCGGUGGCGCCUCUAGAUUAUCGUGCACCGUAGCCCGCGGAUCCCCAGUACCAGCACCGCCAGCGUCAGCGCCAGCGCCACCACCGCUCUCCCGCCAGCUUCUCACCUCGAACCCUUUCGUCUUCAGAAUCCCGUUCAUGUCACCAACUGGAUAUCCUUUCCCUUCCUCUAUUUCUCGUAACCCCACGCUCCCCGCGCUCUCCCUCUCCUUGCCCCUCACUGUGAAUGAAGAGCCGGAUAGUAUGGAUCCUGACCUCGAAAACCCGUGUUUAUGGCUAUACUUUCUCGAACCCACUCCUCUGCUUAGUCGUAUACUCUCUCCUCUACUCCCACUAGCAUCGGAAUCGCCGUUGCGGUUCUGGCUAGAGAUGGGGCCAAAGAUAUUGGGGAGGAGGAAGGAGAGGAGGGGUUUGCAGCUUGGGAGACAGCCGCAGGCGAUUCCGAGGCUGGAUUCUAGGGCGCAGAUUAUGAGGAGGAGUGCGCCGUUCCCUAUAGUAU